UUGAAUCGAUCGCACGGAUCGCGGGUCGAGCAUUAAAAAUGAGCUUUAAUUUAAGUCUGCGGCCCCCCAUCCGCCUCCUGGUGGACCUGGUCCUGCUGGGCCUACUUAUUGUCCUGGUGGAGAACUUCCGUCGCUUGUGGGGGCCUCCGACGAAGCGUGGUUUCUUCUGUGAUGACGAGUCCUUAAUGUAUCCCUACCACGAAAACACAGUGAGCCCCACGCUGCUCCACUGGCUGGGACUGUACCUUCCACUGAUCAGUCUGGUCGUCCUUGAAAGCUUUCUCAGCCACCGGAAGGACAUGGCCCCCUGGCCAACACUAUGGCCGGUGUACAACACUGUGCGCUGGUUCCUUUACGGCUACGUAUCCAACGACCUGCUCAAGGGAAUCGGAAAGCAGGCACUUGGGCGACUGAGGCCCCACUUCUUUGCCGUGUGCAGUCCACAUUUCCCGGACGGCUCCAGCUGCUUAGAUGAGUCGCAUCGAGGUGCUCUGAAAUACCACACAGACUACGAGUGUCGGCCAAAUCUUUCGCAAGCCACCGAGGAAAUGAUUCGUGACGUAAACGUGUCCUUUCCCAGCGGCCAUUCCGCCAUGGCUUUCUACGGCUUGGUGUUUGUGGCGCUGCACCUGCGCCGCCGCCGCUGGCCUCUCCGUGGAUCCUUGCUUAGUCCUGUGCUGCAGCUAGCUUGCGUGGCUCUGGCCUGGUUCGUGGCCAUCAGCCGGGUCAUCGACUACAAACACCACUGGUCGGAUGUUGCGGCCGGUUCGCUGUUGGGUGCCGGGAGCGCCCUUGCGGUUACUCGGGCUGCCGCGUCCGAGGAGCUACAAUGGAGGUGCCAGGAUUCACUGGCGAGUGCGAAGCAGGAGGCUGCAGUGGUCGAUGUGGCCGACGUCAAAGGGGGCCAACAGAUGCCGCAUGAUUUGUCUCUAGUUACGUGCCACAUCUCUAAUUAGUCGUAGUUUCGUUUUAAGGUCGACAAUAAAGCUAGUGACAAG